AAAAUACACAAUUACAAACAGAUCUUUCAAAUUUGCAAUUUCAAUAUUUAGUUCAAGAAAAUAAUAAUUUACCUUUAUCUGAAACAUUAGAAAUUUUUGAAAAUAUAGAAAAUAAUCUUUUAGAAAAUGAAAUAUGGACUGAGGAAGAACUUUCAAAGUUUAAAACAAUAUAUUAUAAAACAAUAGAUGUUUUAGAAAAACAAGAUAAUGAUCAAAAAUUAGAAGAAAAAAUAAAUUUAUUGCAAAGUGAUGAUUUUAAAAAAUCUUUUGAAAAAGGUUGUUGUGAAAAAAAUUGUUUAUAA